AGCGGGGCCGCAUAUUAUCACUUGUCACUGCAGAUGCGUGACAUCAGCAUCAGCAUCAGCAUCAGCCGUGCGGUUUUUGCCCGCCAAGAAAACGACAACCUUUUAUUGAGAACCCUCAUGGAACAUCACCGCCAGGUCACCCGCGUCGACAGCCAGACCGGUGCACCAUGGCCCUGACGCCCGCCGUGCCGCCCCAGAAGCCCGGCCUGGCGUGGCGGGCCGGCUCGACCAUGAUCAUGGGCCUGACCGGCCUCCUGUCCAAGGGUUUCCUGUACGGCCUCAACGAUGUCGAGGUCAUUGGCAUGGACCGGUUCCUCGACCUGCUCGAGAGCAGGAGGGAGGUCGACAGGCGGCGACGGGGCCUUAUUACCGUGAGCAACCAUACGUCUGUCCUCGACGACCCUCUCAUCUGGGGCAUCAUCCCCCUCAGGUACUACUUCGACGCGGCCAGCCUGAGGUGGUCGCUCGCCGCGCACGACAUCUGCUUCAAGAACGGCCUCCUCACCCGCUUCUUCCAGAUGGGUCAGACCCUGCCCACCUACCGCUUCAGGCACUCGCCCCUGGGCGGGCCCUUCCAGCCCACCAUGACCGACGCCGUCCGCCUCCUCUCGGACGGCCGGGCCCCGCCGGCGUUUCUACCUUCUGCGUCAGCGACGGGCCCUGCCGCCGCCGCCACCUUCCGCCCCUGGGCCCCGCCGCACGCCUGGGUGCACGUCUUUCCCGAGGGCUGCGUGCACCAGCAGGCCGAGCGCGGGAUGCGCUACUUCAAGUGGGGCGUCGCCCGCCUGAUGCUCGAGACCCCCGGCCUCGACGACGGCGGCCCAUCGUCGUCGUCGUCGUCGACGUCCCCGCCGGGCUCCGCCGCCGCCGCCGCCGCCCCGAACAUCGUGCCCAUGUUCAUCGACGGCACCGACCGCAUCAUGGCCGAGGACCGCGGCUUCCCGCGCUUCCUGCCGCGCGUCGGCCGCCGCGUCCGCGUCGUCUUUGGCGAGCCGCUCGACGCCGAGGUCGCCUUUGGCGACCUGCGCCGCCGCUGGAGGGAACUGGUGGUGGCCGCCUCGUGUUCUUCCUCUUCCUCUUCCUCUUCCUCCUCCUCGCCCCGCCUGCCCCGUCGGGACGGAGACGGCGAGACGGCGCCGGCGCUGACGGUAGACUUGGAGCACAGCGAGGAGGCCCGGGCGAUCCGCAUCGAGGUCGCACGGAGGCUCCGCGACGAGGUCCUGAAGCUCCGCCGCAGCCUAGGCUACCCCGACGAGGACCCAAAGUUUGCUCUCGCCGAGACCUGGGCCAGAGACGCCGGGGCUGGCUACAACCGCAAGAGCAAUGUUGACGAUAGUACCGUCAGCCAAAGGUGAAAACAAAGAAAAAGCUCUGCCCCGCCACGAGACUACAUAGAUCACAUAGACACAGUGCUGAAUCCAUGCGGCAAAGAAGAAAUUAACUCGCAUUCAAGAUAAAUCGGGGUCGGGAAAGGGGUAGGGACAAUGCUCUCGAGCCCGCCGUCAACUUGAGGCAUCAGAAACACCAGUAAAAUAUCGCCUGCAUGUCGAAAUAAUCCAAAACCCACCAGGAAACUCCAAAGUUCGACAUAACAACGCAAUGCCAAAAGGGCAAAGACAAUCAUAAAGUCGUUUCCGC